GUAUCAUGGAGGACCCUCUGCCCGUCCCGGCCUCGCUGGAACAGGAGAUCCUCGGCUCCACCUUUCGACUCAACAACAUCGUCCUGACGGGUAUGCGCGACUACGAGGUCAAACUGGUGCAGGUCGACCUGAAAGGGCACGAGUACACGUACGAGCUGCAGUUUCCGGCGCUGUCCACCCUGGGCCAGUACGUGCUCGAUUACUACUGGCGCGCCUGGGAGGGCGACUUUACCAUCUCCAUGUAUGACGUCACGGCCAGGGGGCGGGGCCUGCUGGACGUCUGCGGCAACGGCACCGUUCGGCUGAACUCGGGCCACAGUCACGUGGAGGUGACGUAUGCGCGGAUCCAUGCCGACCUGGGCAGCCCGCUGCUGGUGGAGGGCGCCGUCCAGACGGCCGUUGGCGCGCUCGGUCCGUACCUGUUUGACGUCAUCAAGCCGAGCACCCUGGACCGCGUCAACGGCUACCUGGAGCGGCACUGUCAGCCGCACGUCAAGGAGCUCGAUGAGGAGCGCAUGCUGACGGGCUCGUUCGCCAUGGUCGACUCGGCCGUCCUGGAGGCCAGGAAGAGGGUGCGUCAGGCCGGCUACGACCCGCUGCCGCUGCCGGACAUCAGCCAGGCUAGCUCCGGCGUGGAGGUGGAGCUGAGCCACGGCGUGCUGACCGGCCUCAGCAACCUGAAGCGCUCCGGGGACGUGGCGCUCGGGGUGCUCGACCAGACGGCCAAGGCCACGCUGGCGCUCGGCACCGAGCGCGUCACCGGCAAGUACCGCUGGACCGUGCGCGGCUUCAACCUGCUCGAGCGCAGCGGCUUCGUCAAGUUCAGCGUCGACAGUCUGAAGCUGCGCGCCCGGCUGGCGCAGGUGCUGACGCUCCGCGAGAGGCCGCGCAUCGACGACCUGGACGUCGACCUCGGCAAGCUGACCUUCCGGGCAGAGGGGCUCGGCAGCAUGGACUACGCCCUCAACGUGGGCGCGCAGAGCUUCCCCAGCAUGCUGAAAACGAUCAUCGUGAAGGCCGUGGAAGCUCCGCUCGUGUGGAUUAUCGAGAACCAGUUCAACGACCUGGUGCCGAGCUAGGCAUGGCGAUUUAUUCGUAGACUGUAGCCCAGACAAGAAUAUGGAGACAUUCAUGAUAUUAAGGGUUCCUGUGAUGCAUCCGUAAGAACAGUGCAGCGGUGUUUACAACCUUCCGCUGCAAUGCAGUCCGCGAGAGUACCACUACCUACGCCCAAACGGACCUGACCAGUGACCACAGAGGUCGCAGCCAUCGCCUGGUCAAACGUAAGUGGGUAAGCAGCUCACAGGUGGCGCUGACGGCACUGGACAUCGGGGGCUAAACGCGAGGUCCCUCGUCGAGGGUCGCCCCACGUGCGGUGGAGCUGGAAUAGUACGUCAGCGAUUCAGAUAGCAUCAUCUUGAGUAUGACAGCGAUUCGACAGUGAUUAAGACACGAGACAGCCAGAAGCCAGACACAGGAGCUAGGAGCAGCCUGGUGAUUUAUCGCUAUUGUGCUCACGGAUUCCUAUUUGAAAUGCAGACUGAUAACUUGCAUCUGGGGAGAAUUCAUCCAGAUCCGACCAGCGAUGUUUUUACGCUCUUGCCUUGCUCUGUGCAUGAAGCAAUAAAUGACAACCCACGAGACUAA